AUGGGUUAAGCUUAGCCUGCUAAAAUGAAUUCUCAACAAGAGGAAUAAUCAAACGAAAAAUUAACUCAAUAACCUGCCUAAAGAAAUGAAAAAAACUUUGAAGGUUAAGAAUAACAUUCUAACCAACCAAAUUAAUAAUAGAUGACCCAAAAUCUAAUUAGCCAUUAAAAUGAGCAAUCAGAUUCAGAGAAUAUUGAUGAGGAAAUACAGAGCGCUUAUGAUAUUGAAAAUAUUUUGUUAUCUAGAACUUUUGGAAUAUUUACAAACACCUAAUAGAUUUAUGGUAAGGAAGUCGAUUUUAUACCCAAAGAUUAAAUAUUGACAGUUGAUUUUUUAAUAGAACAAGUUUAUUAUUAGUUUUUAACAUCCUCCUAGUUUACUGAGUAAGAAAAACUAAAAUUCCUUAUUAAAUCAUUAUCCUCUCUAUCUAAUUCCGAAGUUAAAAAUGAAGCAGUUAUAUUGGCUGAAGGCAGAAUCAAAAAAGAAAGAUACUUUGACCUCUUAAAUCAUAUUUAAGGUUAACUACUUACUUGUACAUUGUAUCCUGAUGCUUUUGAGUGGUAAAACAUUGAAGAAGACCCUAAUGUCUUUGAAGAUGCUAAAAAUUUUAGAGCCGAUAUUAUCUUUAAUGAAAUAUUUUGCUCAAAUAAUUGUGGCAUGUCGGAAAAUACUAUUAAAAACUUAUUGGAUUAUUUAGAAACAUAAGCGAGUGAAGAUGAUUCAUUUAAAUUUUUAGAACUUAUGUUGAAGAGAGAGCUCAAAUUAUAUUAGCGCUUAGCUUUUGACAAUAUUCAAUUAUAAAAGCAUUCACUUGCUCUAUUACAUAUUUUGGCAUAAUACAAAAAGCUCAUGGAGAAACUAUUAUUAAACAGUUGGGCCUAUUGCAAAUUCGAUUUGAUUAAUACUGGAAUUCAUUUUUAAUAAAGAAGCAUAGUUGGAAUUUUGUUAUCCUUAAGCUCCUUUCCAACAGAUGGACAUCUAUGGAAAAGUCAUUUCUCAGAUGAUAGGAAAUAAAUGAUGGAGCAAAUGAGUAGUUUGAGAGCAAAAAUAUUUAUAAUUAUAGAUGAAUUAUGCAUCCUAUUCGAAAAGAUUUUGAACUCAAACGAAAUACUUAGAUAUAAAUUAUUUGAAUUUCUGUCAAAUAUCAUUAAAUUGAAUUUAAAUUUAGAAAAAUAAUUGAACAUUUAGUUGUAGAAGUUAUCAUCAAGUCCAGGAUUAGUGUAUCAUUUUUUCUAUAUUCUUACCUAUCUAUUCAACAAAUUUGCAGAUUCAUAAACCACAAUCAACUUGUUCAUAAAGAAAAUAGAUUUAAAUUUAUUAAGUUAUUGUAAGAAACAUCCUCUCUUUUAAUCAUUGUAUUAGAAUGUUGACUUGUUGGCUUCAGAAUUAACUCCAUUUGUUGAACCUGAAGAAUUUAAAACUGUUAUCGAUCCAAUGACAGCAUUAUAUUUAUUUACUUAAAGAUUGAGUCAUAUUGUAGCUAAUAGUUUAUAACAAUUUUACAUCUCAACAAUUAUGAGAGAGAUGAAAGAUCUACCGCAAGAGGUCUUUUAGGCUUAAGCGAUUAAUAAGCUUUUAAAAUAGAAAAUCUCUUUUGACUUAUAAAUUUUACACCCAAAGAGUAUUAAAUACACAAUGCAAUUCUUAAGUUUUGCUAAUUAAUUAGCUUUAAGUCUAAUAGAUACAGAUUUAAAACCUAUUUAUCCUUAUGGGUUAUUGUCAACCACUUUUUUAAUUGAUACUUAAGCAUUUGUAUCUAUUUAUUGUUUUAAUGAUGAAAUUAUAAACUAUGUCAUGGAAUUACAAAAAUGUUGCGAAUUUGCAGCAAUAUCAAUGAACAAAAAACUGCUUCCAAAUCCUCACUUAAGAAUAAGAUCAAUAAAUAUAUUUCAAAUAAUUGAUGACAAAAAGGGUUCUCUUUUGUCAAAGGAAGCUCGGUAAAAUUGGAGGCAAUCUUAAGACCUUAAUAUUUUGUUUGACUCUAAAUAUCUUAGAACAUUUCUGGUUGAUGGAUUGAUAUAAUCUUUUAUCGAUACAGAGAAAGUGGCAGAAGGAAACUAAUAUUUCUCGAAGUUAAACAUUAGAGUUAAAAUUUGUUUAAUAAUAAGAUAUCUCCUUUAAGUACAUAAGGCUUCAUAUCAAGAAAGUUUAUUUCACGGAUUUAAGAAUGAUUAAGAACAGUAAUUGCACUUUUCUAAUUUCUUCUUGAACGACUUCAUAUAUGUUAUAGAGGAAUGUUUAUUAACCUUAAGAAAUUUAAAGAAAUUAUAAGAUGACUAACCGUCAUUUUUCUAAAAUCAUCAAUUUCAUAGGUUGUAAAAAGAACUAACAGUUAAAUCAUAUUUUUUUUAUGAGUAUUUACGAUCACUGGAGGUCAUAACUUCUAUUUAUCCUGAAAUAUUUUUGAUUGAUGAAAUAAGAGAAAAAUUAGCAAUUCAUUUAAAUUAUAUUUUAGAAUAAAUUAAUGGUAAAUCAUCUGAAGAUAAACCUUAAAAUAUUGAUUUAUAAACUUUCGAUAAAAUGUUUAUUGUGGAAAUUUUAAUAAAUAUCUACAUGAAUUUAAGAAAAAACAAGUAAUUUAUUCUUGAAGUGGUUAAGGAUGAAAGGUAACAUAUAUGUUUAUUAAAAUAGAUCAUUUUCUGUUGAAUUAUUUAAGAAAACAUAAUAAUCUAACAAUUGUGAAAAAUAUAGCUAAUAAUUUGAAGAAUUCAUAGUCUAAAUUGAAGAACUAAAUUAGAAAUAAAAAGUUCUUUUUUAAAAUCAGGAAGAUAUUCCAGAAGAAUUCUUAGAUCCAUUAUGUUUUUCGUUCAUGAGUGAUCCAGUUAAACUUCCUCAUUCAAAUGUAUGACUGUAAUUGAUGGUUAGGUUAUUGUGGAUAGGCUCACCAUUAAAAAGCAUCUUCUGAAUAAUUCAAUCGAUCCUUUUGAUAGGAGUCCCUUAACUUUGGAUAUGGUGAUUGAGUAGAAAGAGUUAAAGCAGAAGAUAGAGGACUACAUUGCAAAAAAUUUAGAAAAAUUAAAUAACAAAUAGACUUUAAACUAAGAAUAGAAAUGA